AUGCAAUGCAUGCCAGACAUUGAAAAUUUAAAUAUAAUAAAAGAUUUAGAAUGGAAUACAAAAUAUUAUCGGGCUAAGUUUGACCUUUAUAUUGAUGAGAUUACCGAUUUUGAUGAAUGGAUUGCAGAAUUCCAAAAUGAAGAGUAUGAAAUGCUUCGAUUAAUCUUAGCCGGUGUCAUUUACAUUGAUAGUGAUUAUAUCCAACACUCUCAACUAGAGAAAUUCAAUAGAACUAUUUGUCAAAAAAACUCCUUUCUCGUGUGGUAUAUUCAUAAUAAAAAGCUAGGUAAUACAUUACUACAGAAGGAAUUGGAUGGCAUUAAUGAAGAACUUAUAAGUGGUACAUCUGUGUGUGAGUUAAUUAGACAUAGCGAAGAGAAAGACUUGAGAAAUGAAUAUGGUGAUAUGGUAGGGUUGGGUAGAUUACAUGAGAUAAUUGAUACAUAUCCUUGGAGAAACGCUUAUCUUAAAAAUAAAUCAUCAAGAAAUUCGAAAGUUGGAACAGCCAACGAUGAGGCUGAAUUACAUUCUAAGAAGGAUACUUCUGCAGAUGAAUUUCAAAAUAUACUUGCACAGCUCAUGCAAGCAAAAAACCAUUUUAGCAUCUUAACUGAUCAAGAUGAAAAUACGGCAGAUUUAUUUGCUCAAGAAACUGCUGAUAAAUUGGCUGCCCUUCUAUUAGAUGAAGGUGAAAAAUAA